GGGGGUGCGCAUUCCCGCAUUGGCUGUGCAACCAGCUCCAGGGCGCUUUGCGGGACUCCAUAGCCGAACAUGGGGUUCAAUUUUGUCACCGUUUGCGCAAAGCAACUCUGAAAAAAAAAGAAGUAUGGAAAAGCGCUCCUGAAGGAAAAGGGACAAUGCGACGCUUUUUGUAAACAACUCAAGUCAUCUCCAUCCGAGCGCGCUUAAAGCAGAAAGUAAGAGAGAAGAAAGAGAAAGGGAGGCUUUACUGGAAACGCAGACUUCCACAGUCCUUGGACCCUCUGAGCUCUUCCAAGGACUCUGGGAACCGAGUCAGAAAGUUUCAUGCUGAAGAUUCCUGCGUUAACCUGAGGUCCAGGGUGCCAGGGGAGCAGUAGGUCUCGGAGCUCCAAUGCCAGUGGACAUGCAGCCACACCAAGGGCUGUACUACUACGAGACCUCACCCAGCCAGCCCUCCAGAGGCCUAGUCCCAUCAGACCAGUCUCCCUACAGUGAUGUGUCUUCGCUACGUGCCCCGCUCCUCGACGGACCCCCUCAAGACUGCCACGCCAUGUAUAACCCCAUGACUCCCAGCAUGACUCAUGGAUCCGGACCAGGGCAGGGGAUUGGCCACUGCAUGGAUCAGUAUAUGAGGCCCCCUCAAGCGCCCCCACCACACAGUAUGAUGGGCCACAGGGGCAUGCCGCCCACGGAGAGUGGCAACAGCACCCCCUACUGUAACCAGAACAACAUGAUGUCCUCUCAUCACAACUUCUGCCAGGUUCAGCCUGGCUCUGAUCAGAUUGGCUCAGGUGAUGCCUCGAGAUUCUCCACACCUCGUUCCAUGCUGAAGCUGAGUAAAAAGAGAGCUCUGUCCAUCUCACCUCUGUCUGACGCCAGUGUGGACCUGCAGACGGUCAUACGGACCUCACCCAACUCCCUGGUGGCCUUUGUCAACUCCCGCUGCAACCCCAACGGUGCCAGCUCAUAUGGUCAUCUCUCAGUGAGCGCCAUGAGUCCGUCGCUGGGUUAUUCCAGUAAUAUAAAUUGCCAGUCCAGACAGCAGGGCUCCAUGUACGGAGGAGGCGGGGGGACACCUUUAGGUGGACACACUCCAGGUCCCUGCCAAGCUUCCCGUUUACCUCCCCACAAUCCUCGGCUCCACGCUCCGCCCAAGCAUGGACAUCAGCUGAAGACAGAGCCGGGGCUUCGAGGUGUGAUGGAUGGCAUGAAUGUGAAGAGCCUGGAGGAGAGGUCAGAGGGAGAUGUAGCCAGUCCAUCUUCUACAGGCACUCAGGAUCCUCUCCUGGGCCUCCUGGAUGGUAGAGACGACUUGGACAAGGAGGACGGGAAGCCUGAACCCGAGGCCAUCUAUGAGACCAACUGUCACUGGGAGAGCUGCAACAAGGAGUUUGACACACAAGACCAGCUAGUUCACCACAUCAACAACGAGCACAUCCAUGGAGAGAAGAAGGAGUUUGUGUGUCACUGGCAGGAGUGCUCUCGAGAACAGAGGCCUUUCAAAGCCCAGUACAUGCUGGUGGUUCACAUGCGCAGACACACAGGAGAGAAGCCACACAAGUGCACUUUUGAAGGCUGUAAUAAGGCCUACUCUCGCCUGGAGAAUUUAAAGACUCACCUGCGCUCUCACACCGGGGAGAAACCAUACGUGUGUGAACAUGAGGGCUGCAACAAAGCCUUCUCCAAUGCUUCAGAUCGCGCUAAGCACCAAAACCGAACUCAUUCCAAUGAGAAACCUUAUGUUUGUAAGAUCCCUGGUUGCACAAAGCGAUACACAGAUCCAAGCUCUCUACGUAAACACGUGAAGACGGUACAUGGCCCUGAAGCCCACAUCACCAAGAAGCACCGUGGAGACACUGGCCCUCGACCCCCUGGAUCAGCUAUGACUCCUGGAGGCCCAAACUCUGAGCUGCUACUGGAGAAGGAAGAGACCCGUAGAGAGGACUGCAAACUGUUGGCCCCUGAGACUGCUCUGAAAUCUCAGCCAAGCCCUGGCGGUCAAUCAUCCUGCAGUAGUGAGCGUUCUCCACUGGGGAGCGCCAACAACAAUGACAGUGGUGUGGAAAUGAACCUAAAUGCAGCAGGUAGUCUGGAGGAUCUCACAGCGUUGGAAGAUGGAGUUGCAGGUGGGGGAGGAGGAGGAGGAGGAGGAGGAGAGCCAGGAACGAUGGGGAUGUCAGCACAGGCUCUGAAGAGGCUGGAAAACCUGAAGAUUGACAAGCUGAAGCAAAUCCGCAGGCCAACUCCCCCUGGCCGCUGCGCCAGUAACAAGCUUCCCGCCCUUCCUGGUUCAGGAGAGAAUAUGGGAAUGUGUGCACCUUCACCGCUCCUCUCAAAUCGACGUGUUAUGGAGCUGUCAAACCAUGAGCUAGGAGGAGGAACCAUUGCCUGCUCCACUCAUGACAGAAGAGGAAGUGGUACCAGCAGCCUAAGCUCCGCCUAUACUGUGAGCCGGCGCUCCUCUAUGGUGUCUCCUUACCUGUCCAGCCGGCGCUCCAGUGAGGUCUCACAGAUGGGAGGAACAGCAGGAGGAGGAUGUCACCUCCUGGGCCCAGAGCAGGCUGGAGGAGACCCUCUCUCUCCUGAGACCAAUCGCAGAGGAGCUCCAUGUCCUGGAGGUGGAGGAGGGUUACCAGGUCUGCCUAAUUUAACACCGGCUCAGCAGUACAGCCUAAAGGCCAAAUAUGCUGCGGCCACUGGCGGACCACCGCCUACUCCUUUACCUAAUAUGGAGCAGCCAGGAACUCCAGGCAGAAGAGGUCUCCUGAGUGAGUACCAGGGGCAGCCUCUGCCUCCUUUUCUUCAACAAGGUGGUCCUCGUCGGCACAGUGCUAACACCGAGUAUGGUACUGGUGUCAUCUACCCUCACCAGGCUUCGGGUAACAACAACAGGCGAGCUAGUGACCCGGUUCGAUCAGUAGCAGAUCCUCAAGCUCUUCCCAAGCGCUUCAAUAGCCUUAACAAUGUAGCCAUGAUGGGCCGAAGGAAUGCACUGCCGCACCGUGGCUCCGACACCAGUCUGGCUCGCCAUAUGUACUCUCCUCGGCCACCUAGCAUUACAGAGAAUGUAAUGAUGGAGGCUAUGGGUAUGGAGCCCCAUCUCGCUCCUCUUGAUGCCAGGGAUCGUUCAAUGAUGAUGACCCCUGGAGAGAGAAAUUUCAUGGGAUACCAGCAACAGAAUCAGACCCUUGGUGGAGUCGGAGGUGGAGGUCCUAUUUCAAACCAGCUGUCCCCAAGUCACGACUCUCUAAACUGCCCAGACCAGGGUUACAUGCAGCGGCACUACCAGGGCCAAGGAGCAGAAGUCACUUCAAGGUCUGAUGGUAAUCAAAUGGGUCAAGCAAGACCUAUUCAACCAGAGGGCAUGUCAAAUUCACUGCUCCAACAGGCUGAGUACAGUAUGAGCACCUGCCAGCUCAGUCCCUCGGGCCCCCAUUACCCUAACAUAGGCCAGGGUGGUGAUGCUGGAGGCCCAUGGAAUGAUACCCACAGCCAAGUCCAAACUUCCAGCCAUGCCCUCCAGAACCAGCGAGCAAUGCAGUAUUCAGGCCCUAGCCUCCGACCUCAACAGGGACAGGCCCACUUCAACAAUCAGACAGGCCUCUACAACAGUUCUGAUGGAACCCACAAACUUAUCAUCAAGCCUGAGCAGCAGUUCCACCCUGGGAUGGGAACUGGAGAUGCCUGUCAAAGUGCUAAGCUCCAUCAGCAACGAAUGCUCCUGCAGCAGACACAGGGUUACCCACAACCGACUGGCCAGGUAAUGAUGAGAAACUCUAACAAUCCCAGCUGUGACUUUCAAGGGCCGAACCAAAACUCUUUCCCCGGUGGAGGAGGUUUAAGCUUGGGCUGUGCUGGCUCUGCGCUGUCUGAUGGGCAGAGAUCAGAGACCCCGAUGAUGCAGGUGAAGCAGAUGAUGGUGAGGAACUAUGUACAGUCCCAGCAAGCACUCAUGUGGGAGCAGCAACAAGAACAACAGCAGCAAAGUGGAAUUAAACCGCCUCCUCUUUCUGACAAUGCAAUGAUGCAGCACAGUCCACAGCACCAAAAUCAGAACCUUUACCCCAACCAGAGCUAUCCUUCCUUCCCCAACCAGAACCUGGUCAUGAGCCCUCCUGCCCACAGCCGAGGACCUGGUUCAGUGACACCUAAAGACCAGCAGCUAGCAGGUGUCCAAGGUUCAUGCUAUAAUCAGGAGAUGGUGGUCCCAAGGCCUCCUCAAGGACGGAAACCUCUCAGCCGCCAGAACAGCCUGUCACAGGUUGGAGGUUAUCUUGGUAGCCCACCUCAACUCAGCCCUGUUCACUCCACUUCCAGCCCCAGAAGAGGGGUUCGUCUUCCUCCAGUCCAGCAUCCACAAAAUGAAAUGUUCUCUCCUUCCAACAACAACAACAUGUACUACUCGGGACAGAUAACCAUGGAUAUGGAGAAACACAUGGACCCCCAGAAUGGGCCCUGUCUUAACCAGCAGCACAAUAUGGGGUCCAAUCUGGACCCAGCAGGUGGCACAAAGUCGGCCCCCAUGACUCCUUAUCCUGAGUCUGGCCCCAUUUCGAAUGCCUUAGAAAACCUGGACCUGGACAAUGCUCGCAUCGACUUCACUUCCAUUAUCGAUGAUGCUGACUCUUCCUCAUUCAGCCCAGUCAACAAUCCCCUUCAGGGUCAGCCGGCAUCUUCCUCCCAGGCCUCGUCCCGCCUCACUACACCCCAGACUUCUGUCAGCCUUGCUGCAGGCUCUGGCCUGUCUAACAUGGCUGUGGGUGACAUGACAUCCAUGCUUACCUCACUGGCUGGGGAGAAUAAAUACCUGAAUACACUGUCUUAGAAGAAGACUCUUGGGCAGCUAAGCAUACGUUUGGGCUAACAAUCAAACACUGGCCUUGGCCUGGUUUCAAUGUAACCAGCCUGAGGUUUAAAAAGCUCACAUCCACUUGUAGUGUUAAAACCGACACCUUUUCGAUAAAACACUUGAUGUAAUGGCUCAGUAGUAUGUGCUGUUGUAUGCAUAAGCCCUGUAUGCCUUCAUACGUAAACCCAGCACAUUAAACCUUGCCUAUGCCAGGUUCUAGGAGUAAGGGGUCUCUGGCUGCUGGUUACCCAUAUAAAAAGAAUAAUGACAUAUCAUAUUGUGUUCUGGCUGCAAGUUGAGACUGAGCUACUAAUGUGGUCCCAUCCCAGAUUUAAAAAUUCUUCAACUCACCACCCAAAAACCUUAAAACCAAAGGUGCCUGAUCAGCCUGCCUCGCUGUAUUGUUCCCCUGCUGCCUUGGUACUUUGUAUUUUUCCGUGCCUUACUGUAAGAUACAGAGCUCUUUGCCUGAUAUGAAACGAUGAUACAGAAGUUUUUCUGAACAGGCAUUCCAGUCUCACAGGGCUUUGGCAAGAGUGGAGCAGAGAAGGAUACAUGUAAAUAAGUUUUAUAUAUACAGUAUGUUGUGAAUAUGACAUUGGAUAAUCAUCCCUCAUCUUUUGAUAGACUGCUUGGAUUCUGAAGGCAAGUGUUCUUGGGGUGGGAUGUUGGUUAAACAGUUGUUUGAAGAGAGGAGAAAGACAUACUUUUAGCGAUUGAGAAAUAAUUUCUCUGUGCUACUAAAAAUCAUCUGUUUUUGUAGGGAUUUCCUCCUUGUCAGGAACAACAGAAUCUGUACUAGUGGCAUAUCAGUAUUUCCACAGAUGCAGACGCCGGCACACACAUAGUAGCCCCACACAUGUGCCCACACUCAGACACUCAGGACUUGUUUGAAUCUUUGGUAUUCACAUUACAUGUAUGUUGUAAUUACCUUUCCAGACAGAGAGUUUGCACUCCACAUGUUUACUGUAAGUGUUCGUAAAGCAGCUGUGUACUUAUUCUUUCAGUUUUUUUCUAUAACCGCAAAGCAGAAAGUGCCCUGCCCUUUCUAAGGUACAUACCAGGAGCAAAGCUCAAAUAUAACCUUAAAACAGUCCCCUCCACAUGGCAGCAUGACUAAUAUAGUCGAACAUAAUGCCUUUGCUCAACAUUAACCUAAGCUGCGACUCGUACACGACUCAGCUGAGGAUGAUGGCUGUUGAAGUUAUUGAAUGAAACUCAGCUUAGCCGGUUUGUGUCUGUUAACAGAUCUGUAAUAGUUGCCUACAUUUGAGAAACUGAGGUACAUUCAUAGUGCAGUACUGCCGCACUUUGGCUCUAAUCCCAAAGAGGAGUUAUAUGGAAAAUUCUGCAUUAGUAAUUCCAGAUAGGGCAUCAAGAAGCAUAGAUUGGCGACGGCUGUAGUAACAUAUACAAUGUUUGGGUACAUUGAGGUACUUUUGUGCAACUAUUGAGCUGUAUCACACAGAAGUAAGCUUCAGCUCUUUGUAGAAGAACUAAUUUUGUACUGUGGCUUUGCACUGACUACAGCACUGUGUGGAAUGUCUCUGUCUCUUACGACUAUUCAUAUAAACCUCGUUUUGAUGACAACAAAGAAUUAUGACAGUAUUUUUAGACGGUCAUUCAAGGACACAUUUGAGCACAUCUAUGCUCAGUAAGGCCACGUUAGAGUAUUACUAAAGCAUUUUGUGUGACUUUUCGGAAUUAAACGGUAGCCUCACUUCAGAGUUUGCUAAGCAUUACCAGGAACAAACAUUUCUUCAUUUCGGAUUAAAAAAAAGUGUACAACCUACCAAAGACAUCAAAAAAUGACAAAAAGAUGCACAAAUAGUCUAUUUUUUAACACAACACUAACACUAGCAAUAAGGGCAUGAACUUUGACUGAUAGUGCUGUUCUUUAGAAUGUAUGAGAUUUUUUGUAUAAAGUUAUCUUUUUAUAUUAAUGAACUUUAUGGAUGUUGCCUUCUAUGUGUGUGUGUUUUUUUAUAACUGUCAUCCUUCAUUCUGACUUUUUUGCUGGCAAAAGAAUAUCACCUUUAGCAACAGAAAGCUAUAAUAGUAGCAAUAACUAUAAUAGAUAAAAGCCAAGUGUUAUAUUUUGUGUACAAUUUUCUACAUUUUUAUACAUAUGUGCUAUAUUUUACCAUUUUAUGAAUAAACAUGUUCAGUUUUGGAUGGAUGCAGAA